UGCAUCUGUGCUCAUCAACCCUACCACUUGUGAUCUUUUCUCUUGCUUCCAGUACUACAAGGUCACCUGGAAUCACCAGCCUUUGAGACCAAUCGCCGCCCGCCACGUGUCGCCUUCCCUUGCACGCCAUAGAGCUCAUCACACCAAGACCAUGGUGGCACUGCUAUAUAAGUAGCUCAUGAGCUUCACCUGAACAACACAUCAAGUAGUGACACUCACUCACACGAUAGCAAGAAGCUAGCUUGGUUGCUCACAUUGAGCUCAACAAUGGAGGCCAAGGGAGUGGUGGUGAUCACCCUUGUGGUCACACUUGCGGCGGUUGCGAGGGCGGCCCGCCCAGAAGAAACCAGGCCGGGCUUGGCCCGCCGCGGGUCAGCAUCCUCACCGACGACUCACCUGCACUUCUACUUCCACGACAAGGUGAGCAAGCCAUCACCGACGGCAGUGCGGGUGGUGGACCCGGUGGACCCGUCAUCGCGGUCCUUCUUUGGGAUGAUCAACGUCAUGGACGAUCCGCUGACGGAGGGGCCCGAGCCCGAGUCCAAGCCCAUGGGCCGGGCCCAGGGGCUGUACAUGGGCUCAGACCAGGCCAAGCUGGGCUUCCUCCAGGCAAUGAACCUGGUGUUCACCGACGGCACCUACAACGGCAGCGUGGUCACCGUGCUCGGCCGCAACUGCCCCUUCGACGACGUCCGGGAGAUGCCGGUGAUCGGCGGCACCGGCGCCUUCCGCUUCGCCCGCGGCUACGCCCAGGCCAGGACGCACACCCUGGACCUCAAGACCGGCGACGCCAUUGUCGAGUACAACGUCUACGUCAUGCACUGAUCACAACAAGAUGGAGAUGAUGCUUCACACAAAGCGUUUGCAUUUCUCUGAAUUUUUCACAAGAGUGUUUUUGCCUUCUCCUCUGAAAAUAAUGGCCCUUGUUGAAAGUGAUUCACUCAAGAACACAGGGGAGUUUAGUUGCUGCAGUGUUGAUCUUGAUACAAAAAAAAUGGAGUUCUAGAAUCUCUAUAAAAGGUGGUUCUUCUUGGUUUAGUCUUUCAGUAAUAACUUUCUUGGUUGCAGUAACACACUAUACCGAAGAACACAGACAACUUUUAGUUGCAGGCUUAACAAACUUCUGUCAUAUAAUCCUGAUUUCUUAAACCAGUGGGAGCUUUGUUUGUGAUGCAUAAUGCAUUUAUUUAUUUCCUUA